AUGCUCGACUCGAGCAGUAUAUCGUGGCUGGCCCUGAAAGCAGCCAAUGGGCUAAAUAUUCCUUAUGUGGGGUAUGCAGUUUUAGAUUUUCAGAUUGGGGGCAUAGAUGUGAAAGGGAAAGGGGUGGUGAUUGUCCGAGAUGACUGCAUCAACACUGAGUGUGGACUCUUGGGCAUGAAUGUCAUAACAGACUGCUGGGCUGGUAUUUUCUGUGGUGGGCACCCUGGUGUUACUGCAUUUAAAUCUGUAUUCUCUCCUGCUGCAGAAAAAGUCUGGGAUGCUGCCUUUGCUGCCUGCCAAAGGACUAACGUGUCAGUAACGUGUAUGGAGCUACAAGGGGUGGCUAGACUUCCGCAGCAGCCCCCAGUUGUGAUUCCGCCUUCAACAGAGAUGAUGGUCUGGGCUCAGGUGCCGCAAGCCGCUGGCCAACCCGACUGUCCCGUCUUGAUCGAAGAUCUGGAGAACUAUGGCCAAGAAUGGAGGGUGGCUAGAUCAGUGAGUUGGACUCAAGGGGGUAAGGUUCCCCUGCGUAUAUGUAAUCCUAACCCUUUUCCCCUGGAACUCCCUCAGAGACGCCCCCUGGCUUCAGUUAGCCAAAUUGAUCAACAAGACAUUCUGACGCAGUCAAGAUUGGUGCUGCGCAACGCUGGACCUCAUGUCAUUGAGGUUGAUAUCCGGCAUGUUGACCAGACUCCGGCUGAUGACCACCCAGCCAUGUCCCUGUGUGGCGAGGGACUGAACAACGACCAGCAGGCACAGUUGAAGGCGCUAUUGCAUAGGUGGUCCCAUGUGUUUGCAGCCAAUGACGAGGAUUUCGGGAGAACGGCUGUUAUCACUCACCAGAUCCCCACUGGCACGGCACCACCAAUUCGAGAGCGCUACCGCCCAGUUCCCCCAAAACUCUACAUGGAACUACGGACCUUACUGCAAGGAAUGUUGGACAGUGGGGUGGUUAAGGAAAGUGCUAGCCCGUGGGCUGCUCCAGUAGUCCUCGCAAAAAAGAAAGAUGGCUCAUUGAGGUUCUGCGUGGACUACCGUAAACUCAACGCGGUAACCCACAAGGACUCCUUUCCACUGCCACGGAUUGAAGAAUCUCUUGCCAGUCUGAGUGGUACUCCAUCCUUGACCUUACCAGUGGUUAUUGGCAGGAAGAAGUUGCUCUUGGAGACCAGGAAAAAAACGCUUUCGCCACACCUUUUGGGCUCUACCAAUUUGAGCGAAUGCCUUUUGGCCUCUGCAAAGCGCCAGCUACCUUCCAGAGGCUGAUGCAAUGCUGAUUGGGAGCGCAAGUAUAUGAUUAUCUUCUUAUCUAUCUUGACGACAUCAUAGUGUACUCCUCAAGUUUCCACACCCACUUGAAACAUCUCGAACAGGUCUUCACCCGCCUCCAGGAACAUGGCCUAAAGUUACAGCCUCAAGUGCCACCUGUUCCAGCGCAGUGUGACAUACCUAGGACAUGUUGUCAGUAAGCAAGGCGUCGCUACAGACCCUGACAAAACCGCGGUAGUCCAGGACUGGGCCACCCUGGGUUUUGCCGGUUUAUUCCAGCUUUCGCCAAGGUAGCAGCCCCACUACAUCAACUUCUCCAAGGUCAGGCCAACCGACCCUCUGCCCGCAUCCAGUGGACAGCCGAUUGCCAGGCUGCAUUCGACCAUCUGAAGCGAGCCCUCCUCAGCGCCCCUAUCCUUGCCUAUGCAGACUUCCAGCUGCCAUUCCGACUAUACACGGAUGCUAGUCUGAACGGCCUGGGUGCAGUGCUAGCCCAAGUUCAAGAUGGGAGAGAAAGAGUCAUUGCCUACGCCAGUCGUAGCCUCCACCCUGGUGAGCGAAAUUAUCAAAACUACAGCUCUUUCAAACUAGAACCGCUAGCACUGAAAUGGGCUGUUACAGAGAAGUUUAAAGACUAUUUGUGGGGGGCACAAUUCACUGUCUUUACAGACAACAACCCGUUGGUUCACCUGGAUACGGCAAACCUGGGUGCGACAGAACAGCGGUGGGUGGCCCAACUCGCAAACUUCUCCUACGAAAUCCGUUACCAGCCAGGGACGGCGAACCGAAACGCGGACGUUCUGUCUCGACUUCCAGGAGAAGCAACAAAUCCAGUAGUGCAUGUGGCAGGGUGUACCAUAUCCCCGGAACAGCACAGCAGGCCCAUGGAAUGGAGUAAACAACAGACGGAGGACUCGGAUCUGCAACUCCUUCAUGCUUGGAAGGUGAACGAUAAGCCCCCAUCAGAGAAUGACCGCUCUUCUCUGUCCCCACAGCUGCGUUGCCUCCUCCAAAUGUGUGAAACCGACUAGAGCUGCGAGACGGAGUACUGGUGAGGUGUGUCACGGAGCCAGACACCGGUGAGCCAGUGGACCAAGUUCUCGUCCCAAAACAACAGGCCUGAAGACUCUGGGAGGAUUACCACAAGGCCGGGGGACAUGCAAGUGGCGACAAGAUGGUGUCCCUCCUAAGGAGAAGAUUCUAUUGGGUUGGGAUGAGUACAAACGCACGGAUGUGGGCAGCAGAGUGCACCACUUGUGUAGUGGGGAAGUCUGGUGCGUUGCCAAAAGCCCCUUUAUGUCCGAUCCCCUCCAGCUUACCCCUUCAAAACUGUGGCGUUGGACUUCCUGUCUCUCGGGAGGCCAUCUGACACCUACCAAUACAUCCUCGUUAUUACGGACCUCCUCUCUCGCUAUGCUCUGACAGUGCCGACUAAGGAUCAGACCACCCUAACAACGGUGAAGGCCCUAUGGACAGCCCUCAUUCUCCCAUUUGGCUGCCCUGAGCGGAUACUUACGGACCAGGGGGCAGCUUUCGAAUCAGCGCUGAUGCAACAGCUGUGUGCGGUGUAUGGCUGCAAAAAGGUACGCACUACGCCCUACCACACACCUACUUCCUGCCCUUUUGCAAGCCUACAAUAACACUACACACGCAAGCACGGGCAUGAUCCCUCAUUACGUCAUCUUUGGGCGGCAUGCCAGACUACCCGUAGACAUGCUACAUGACGUUGCUCCUCCACAGCGUAGAGAGGACCUGGACGGCUGGGUCCGUAGCCACCACCAAGCGCUCCUGCAUGCCUAUGCCACGGUUCGUAACAAUGUAUAACGUCAAACUCAAUGGAACCAAGAUCGUUACAACCGUAAUGCACGGACCAUGCCACUCUUGCCUGGAGAGCGCGUGCUUAUGAGGAACUUCCGCCGUAGGGCUCAAGAGAAGAUAGCACCCCAGUGGCUACCCGCACCCUUCGUUGUAGUUGCCCAACCAUACCGAGAUCGCCCUGUCUUCACUAUAUGCCCCGAAGGGAAGGACGGGCCCCUCCGGACUAUCCAUCGCAAUAACCUCCGCUCAUGCCCAAGGGACGCACCUUCGGAUGGCGACCAUCAACAAAAUGAACGACCUGUGCCCCCUUGGCCAAGUGCUCCUUUCGCCCUGUUCCCACCGGCUCCGCCUCCACAGGUCGAACCUCGGAUGGCAAGAACAAUGCCAGCCCAUAGACCACUCAAUGCUGACACACAAACAUCUCCCUCUUUUGCCUCAACCAACCCAUCUCAGGAAGCCCCUGGCCCAGAGCCUCAGUCGGUAGUUAUUGCUUGUGAUCAGAUGGCUCCCCCUCAUGCAGCACCAGCUCACGAUCCAGACCCAGCGGUCCAAAGGGCAGAACCAACUACCGCAAGUCGAUACCCAACCCGCUCCAACCGUGGCAAUCCCCCUGCACGGUACAGACCUUGAAAGUCGAAAUGGACGUUACCAGCCACCACCAAAAAAAACACUGAACAUUGACUAUGGUAGUGGUCGGGGACGACCACCAUUAAGGCGGGGGGGAGAAAUGUAACGGGGCUGAAUGUGUUAACAGGAACAUUGACUGAUGGUAGGGGGUGGGGCUGGUUAAUAGUGUAUGAUUACGUUGUGGUGUGUAUGUGGUUUGUUGCGCUUUUCUACAGGUGCAUUCAAUCGCCCCUUAAUGGCAGACCUGCGCAGUUGGUGGUUGAAAGAUUUAAAAUGCCAAUGGCGGCCUUUGACUGCGAGAUUCUUGGUGGCAGUAGGCACCCGCAAGGACUACCACCGAAGCCCGGAGAAGUAAAGGGGGCUCGGAAGACCGCAACACACCUGGGGAGAGGCUAUAUCGUUUUCUCAGAGCGGCAUACAGACCGGAAUACAACGCACUCAAUAUAUCAACGUUAAGGGAUGAAACUUGACCAUCGUUCUAUGAGUGAGAGGGCUGUUAUCGCGGCUGUUGUGGACGUUGAUUUCUACCCCUUUCCCCUGCAGUUGAAUUGAGCGGAGGAAGACGGCGAAAGAGAGGCCUACAACGCACUCUAUGUAUUGCACUAAAGGGAAGUACUCAUAUCGUAGCCUACCACUAUUCCUCUAUAGCCUUUAUUAGCCUUUUCCUUGUAUGAGCUAAUAUUACCAGUUGUCUAGCCUUAUUAUUGUGUCCGGCUGCCCAUGGUGCUAGAUAGGCCUGCUAUGUGAUCCUGAAUCUGGCGAUUGUCUUAUUGCUGUUAAGUGCUCUAUGUCUCUGUGGGCCUAUUGCCCGUUUUGUUUUGAGUGUCACUUUAGCUUAAAUUUGCUGUGUUGCCGUGAUGUUCAGUGCUCUUAUGAUUCACCGUGAUACUGUUGGCUUGUAUGGCCCUUUACGUUUGCCGUGAGGAUUGAUAAUUGUGUGCUGUGUUACAUGAUAAUUGUGUGCUGUGUUAUAUGCCGUCACACCGUCAGGCAUACCCACAUUGUGUAGAGCAUUUGCCGUGAGGAUUGAUAAUUGUGUGCUGUGUUACAUGAUAAUUGUGUGCUGUGUUAUAUGCCGUCACACCGUCAGGCAUACCCACAUUGUGUAGAGCAAUAAAUUUGCUGUGUUGCCGUGAUGUUCAGUGCUCUUAUGAUUCACCGUGAUACUGUUGGCUUGUAUGGCCCUUUACGUUUGCCGUGAGGAUUGAUAAUUGUGUGCUGUGUUACAUGAUAAUUGUGUGCUGUGUUAUAUGCCGUCACACCGUCAGGCAUACCCACAUUGUAUAGAGCAUUAUAGCCUGAGAUCUCCCCCCUCUAGAGGGCGCCAGAAUAUGCUAUUUACAUAUGCUAGGCUAUUGAUUUGUUUUGUAGUCUUUCAGUGCUUCCAUACUGGUCCUAUACUGUAAACAGGCUGUAAACUUACAUGGGCUAUUGAUUUAUCCUGUGGCCCUUCAGCUCUUUCACACUGGUCCUAUACUGUAAAUGGGUUGUAAGCUUCCCCUAGGCUAUUGAUUAUCUGGGGGCUAUUAGUCACCGGGAGUAUUGAGUAGCGGUAAGGAAAUCACACUAGCCUACUGUUGUUCCCUGUAUUGUCUCUGGGGGUCAGGUCACUUUUAAUUGCUUACAACUGGUAACGUAUUUUUGUGACGUGAACUGUUUGUGUCGUAUCUGAACCGCUCAAUUUUUAAGAUAAUUUAAUAAAACUGUUUUUAUAAGAUA